AAGGUUUUGGUCAUCGCCGGUCCGACGGCGGUGGGGAAGACGAGCCUCAGCCUCCGGAUGGCGUCGGCGCUGAACGGGGAGAUCGUCAGCGCGGAUAGCGUGCAGGUUUUCGAGGGUCUGGACGUCGGCGCGUCCAAGCUGCCCGUCAACGAGCGCAACGGGAUACCCCACCACCUGCUGGACGUGGCGGAUCCCUCGAAAGAGUUCGGCGCGGGGGAGUUUUACGAGCACGCUCUGGAAGCCAUCGACGGCAUCGUGUCGCGGGGUAAGACCCCUAUCGUGGUCGGCGGGACGGGGAUGUACCUCAGAUGGCUAAUCGACGGUAAACCUUCGACGCCGCCGUCGGAACCCGAGGCGGCGGCGAGGGCCAAGGAGGCGUCGGGAGCCGACGGCGACGACGUCGGCAACGGGUGGGCCGGCGCCGUGCGGGCACUGGCGGACGCGGGCGACCCGGAGACCGCGAACAGGCUCGCGGAGAACGAUUGGUACAGGCUGGAGCGCGCGAUGGAGAUCGUCCAGACCAGCGGCCGGCCGGUGGGGAGCUUCAAGCCCGCGUCGCGUCCCCGAUACGACUUCAGGUGCGUCGUGCUGACGUCCCCUCGGAUCGAGCUGUACCGCCGGGUGGACGCCAGGGUCGAGGCGAUGGUGAGGGACGGGAUGCUGGAGGAGGCGGCGAUGAUGCUCGGGAGGGGCAUCGCGCCCGGAUCCACCCCCGCCGCUCGGUCCAUCGGGUACAGGCAGGCGAUGGACUUUGUGGAGCGCAGGGCGGCGCGCGCUGGGGAUGGGCCGUGUCGACCCGAGGAACUCCUGGAGUUUGUGGAGGAGGCGCAGCGCGCGACGAGGGCGUUCGCCAAGCGACAGUUCACGUGGUUCAGGGGCGAGCGCGAGGGGCUGUACACCUGGCUGGACGCGAGCAAA